AUGAGCGAAGAAUCUCCACUUAAACAAGAAAAGCACACUAAUGAGCUUGUUGCUGUCAAAUAUAUUGAGAGAGGUGACAAGAUAGAUAAAAAUGUGAGAAGGGAAAUUAUAAAUCACAGAUCGCUGAGGCAUCCAAAUAUUGUUAGAUUCAAAGAGGUCAUAUUAACCCCUACACAUUUGGCUAUUGUGAUGGAAUAUGCUGCUGGUGGAGAGCUAUUUGAGCGAAUAUGCAAUGCAGGACGGUUCAAUGAGGAUGAGGCGCGCUUCUUCUUCCAACAACUUAUCUCAGGAGUUAGCUAUUGUCAUGCAAUGCAAGUAUGCCAUCGUGACUUGAAGUUAGAGAACACAUUACUAGAUGGCAGUCCAGCUCCUCGGUUAAAGAUAUGUGAUUUUAGGUAUUCUAAGUCCUCAGUGCUACAUUCACAACCAAAAUCUACAGUUGGUACCCCUGCAUACAUUGCUCCGGAAGUUCUACUCAGGAAGGAAUAUGAUGGCAAGGUAUUUUGCUGCUAUGAGGCCAAAUAAAUAUAUCACUGUGAAAUUCUAAUAAUUUCCAAUUGAGAUGUACUUCGAUUAGCUUCUGUGUCUGCAGAUUUUUUAUUUCCAUCUAAUUACACCUUCUGAACACAUCCAUCUGUUAAUUGGUACAAUCUGCCAACUUCUUUUCAAGGAAAGCAUUAUAUGUCUUGUUCACUUGUUUAGCAUCAUGCUGUCAUCCACUUGUUUUGUUUAAUAUAAUUGGAUCGCCACUGCAUAAAGAUCUACUAUAUAACCUUCAGCAUAGUACAAGUGAUUCUAUGCUUGUCAUACUUCAAAUAUUAGAUGUUAAUGCACAAUAACUGCAUUUAUAGGCUGGCUAGCAUUGUUUUCUUCUUUACUAAUGCUUUACACUGAUGCUGCUACUCUUGUUAGAGACUUCACCACUGGUGAUAAAAACCCGGUUUCUGCCAUCUUCUCCUG